AUGACUUGGAAUGAUGAACUGAAAUUGGAGGGCAACGCGGAAAGUUUACAAAUUCAAACGGAUUGUUGCAAACUCUUGACAACAACUUUGGCAUCUGCAACCUGCGUGUCUCAAAACGCGAUGAAAUGUGACAUGACCAAACUAAGUGGAAAUCCAGCUGGUGGAUACAUGACAGUAGUGUUCAAAAUUGGUGAAGUCCAGAAUAAAACGAGAGGCAUUAAUGAAGUGAUUACAAAACUACGUCAAAAUGUUGCGAAAGGCGCGAAAGAAAACGAAGUGAAACCGGGACCAGUGGUGGGUGCAGUCCGCAAACAUGUUGUUACCACGGACCAGGUUGGAAACACAGUUGUUCGUUUUAAAAUAGACAUUUUGGAAAACGGUCAGUUUAGUGAAUGGCGAAGUGCUUACGACAAUGUUGCUGAGCUGAAAAAGAUUGAAAGCAGUAUUUGCCCAAGGCUGCUUCUUUGGGGGCGACUGUACAACUUGACAAAAGACGCGCCGUUUUUUGCAAGAUUACCGGUCCGACUCGAAGAUAUGCAGUCGGGAAUUUUCACAUACAUUUCAUUCGAAAAGGAAAAAUCGCCUUUGAUUUUACAAGCUUACUGAAAACAACAAGUGAGGCAGAAGAAAGUAUCUACAAUGUGAAGGUUAUAAAUUCUAGCUUCCGUACCACACCAGUCGACCUUGAUCCAAGAUACGAACCACAUCUUUACAUAAACUGACCGUGUUUCUUGUGUCCGCUUGAAAUCCUCAAACCCUUGGCCACUAUUGUUCCGCCUGUAUUAAUUUGGAGAUUGUACAUUGUUUAACACAGCAUAAAUGAUAAUUUUUAAAAAUACAUCCCUUU